AUGCCAGAAGAUUGUGCCAACCCGUUGUUGGCGGGAUGGCUGAAAGAAUGGAUGGAUGAAGCAAAGGAACGAAACAGCAAAGGUUAUACCGUUUAUAAAAAAGCCUAUCAAUCCAUCAAAGCAUGUCCCUUGACUUUCAACCAUCCGUCCGAAGCCCAACAGCUUAACGGCCUCGGCCCAAAAUUAUGCGACCGACUUACAGAGAAGCUCAAAAAGCACUGCGAAGAAAAUGGACUAGCUAUGCCCAAGAAGAAACUCAAGAGACAAAGGACCUCAGAAGGAUUGCCGUCAGAUGCGGCUCAACCAGUCGAAGCUGAACAAUCCUCACCAGUCCGACGAAAGAAGCCCAAGCCAUACGUUCCCAAAUAUAGAUCUGGUGCCUAUGGUUUGAUAGUGGCUCUCGGCACCUUAGACCGAGAAAGCAAUCAGGCUAUCCCAAAACCUGACCUUAUUGAGCUGGCGCAACCUCAUUGCGACUCGAGCUACACUGUCCCGAGUGAUCCUACCAAAUUCUUUACGGCAUGGAAGUCCAUGCAAACGUUGGAGACCAAAGAGCUUGUGUGUACCAGAGGGCAUCCGACGAAAAGAUAUUACUUGUCCGAUGAAGGAUGGGAGGUCGCAGACGGUAUACAGGCAAGCGUCGAAGGUCGUCCUGUUCCCGCGAAGAAGAUGAAUGAGAAGACAUCCGCGCCAGCUCGUGGCGCGAGUGGUUCGAGAUCCGUCACACCCGAACCUAGAUCGAAACAAUCUGCUCCAGCUGCUCAAGCGCAGCACAGCCAACCUGGUGGCGCCCAAUCUCACAAAGCUUCUGAUCACUUGCGAGUAUUAUCAAUCUCCGAGGACGAUUGGCCUAACUCAGAACCGGAGCUGAGUAAUGUCCACUCCAGAAGCGGUAAGCUUGAUCGAAGACCGGCAAGUUCCAGCUCCUCUCUGCAAGACACCAUUAUUCUGCCAGCAGGAAGCUUUGAGGUGAAAAUGGUGCUUGAUAUGCGCGAAAUCCGUACUACAACUGACCGAGAUUACAUCUCUGGGGAAUUGAAAAAGCAUGGCGUAACUCCAAUCAUCCGCUCACUCCCACUAGGCGAUGUCUUGUGGGUUGCAGAAGUAAAUCCACUCUACGCUAAUAGUCUCAAGGCAGCAACCGUUGGCGACGGAGAAGACGACAAAGUGGAGAUUGUUUUGGAACACAUUCUAGAGCGCAAGAGGCUCGAUGACCUGAUCAGCAGUAUCAGAGAUGGACGCUUCCACGAACAAAAAUUUCGGCUGCACAGAUCAGGGAUAAAGAAUGUGACAUACCUAAUUGAAGAGUACUCGAUCUCCUCUGAAAGAAGUGAGAAAUAUGGGGACGCGUUGGAGAGUGCCAUCGCCAGUAUGCAAGUGGUUGACAACUUCUUUGUCAAGCAAACAACAAAGCUGGAUGAUACGAUUCAUUAUCUUGCUCGUAUGACUAAAACGUUGAAAAGACUGUACGAAAGCAAGGACGUCAAUAUCAUCCCUGCUCAAAGCUUCGGGGCUGAGGCUGUGACAAUAUCGUUGGAACGAUUCAGGAAGACCUCACCUGGGAGAGCCUUCGGAAUGACAUUCUCGGUAUUUAGCGCCAUGUGUGACAAAACGGAGAGCAUGACGCUUCGAGAUGUCUAUCUCAAGAUGUUAAUGUGUACAAGAGGUGUCACUGGGGAUAAAGCCAUUGAAAUUCAAAAAAUUUGGCCAACGCCGCGUGCUCUAGCCGAAGCUUUCGAGGUACAAGAGAAGGGACCGACGAGGGAUUGGAUGAUAAGCGAUCGCCUUGGGUCUGCCAUUCCUCGGAAGAAGGUGGGAAAGGCAUUGAGCGCCAAAAUUGCAGAGAUAUGGGGAUGA